GCGGCAGACUGCCACUACUACUGCACCUCUGUGGAGAGCACAAAUCGCUGCUCCGUCAACCCGGAUGCUGUGAGCUGCCCAGUGCGCAGCCCUGUCGGCACAGCGAGGGGCGGAAUUAUUUCCCAGCUUUCCCCGGUGGCUCAGUCGUCUGGCCGCCGCCAGGCUCCGCGUCCGAGCCGGGAGAGGCCAGCGGAUUUGAACGUGCAGAGGGAAGGUGCUGCUGUCACAGACAAGCACGUUACACCCUAGUUCCUGCAAGAUCGUGACUACCUGCACGCCAGGAGAGACGUAGCGACAGAGAGAGACAGAGAGAGGGAGGAAGGAAAGAAGGAAGGAAGGAAGCAGGGAAGAGGAGCAUCACUGCUGAGGAGAGAGAUGGCCGAGUGCGGGCGGAAGGCGCUGUCCCUCCUGGAAGCGGCCCGCUCCCGGUAUGAGAGCCUGCAGAUAUCCGACGACGUGUUCGGCGAGUCCGGGGACGACAGCAGCGACAACCCCUUCUACAGCACCUCCGGGGACUCCGACUCCGACAACUACAUAGCCGAGGCGGGCGAGGAGGAGCAGCAGCACCACCACCACCACCACCAUCCGAAGCGGGGGGAUAAGGAUUGCGGCCACAGCGGGAGAUCUGGCGGCGGGGCCACCGGCGGCGGCAGCGGUCCCCCGGGCUCUCUCACCCGUAAUCAGGCGGAGGAGGAGGGCUGGACGGAGACGCUGCAGGAUGUCUCGGUGCCGCCGUACAAAGAGACAUACGGCCCCGCUCAGAAGAUGCCGGCCAGCGCCACCGCCUUGGACUUCUUCCAGCUCUUUGUUCCGGACAACUGCAUCCACAACAUGGUCACCCAGACCAACAUGUACGCCAAGAAGUUUCAGGAGCGCUUCGGCUCCGAAGAAGGCUGGUGUCCCGUCACGGCCCAGGAGAUGAAGGCGUUCCUGGGCUUCGUCAUCUCCACCAGCGUGCAACGCUGCGAGUCGGUGCUCAGCAUCUGGAGCUCGGGCUUCUUCAGCAACAGGAGCAUCGCCUUGAAGAUGAGCCAGUCGCGCUUCGAGAAGAUCCUCAAGUACUUUCACAUCGUGGCUUUCCGCCCGUCCCAGGGAAGCAAUCAGGGCCUUUACAAGAUCCAGCCGUUCCUGGAUUCGCUGCAGCAGUCGUUCAGCUGCACCUUCAGACCCUCGCAGACACAGGUCCUUCACGAGCCUCUGAUAGACGAGGACCCCGUCUUCAUCACCACCUGUACAGAGAGGGAUCUGAGGAAGAGGAAGAAGAGGAAGUUCAGCCUCUGGGUUCGACAGUGCACCUCCACCGGAUUCAUCUGCCAGAUCUCUGUCCAUCUGAAGGAGGGACAGGGCGCAGAUGGACUGGCCGCCUUGAAGAACAAGCCCCAGCUCCACAGCCUCGUGGCCAAGCAGCUCUGUCAGAACAUCUCCGGCAAGAACACCAUCAUCUUCACCGGGCCGUCCAUCACCAGCCUGGGCCUCUUCACUGAAUUCAGCAAGCAGGAAAUCUACUGCUGUGGUUUGCUGAGCACCAGGAAGAGCGACUGUACGGGUCUGCCACAAAGCAUGCUGGUCUGCAGCUCCACGCCGGCGCAGCGCGGCCAGUCGCGUGUGAUGAUGAAAGGCAGCAUGUCCCUGAUCAGCUGGUACAAUAAGGGACACUUCAGGUUUCUUACCAACGCCUACUCACCAACAAAAGAAGGUAUAAUUAUUAAGAGGAAAAGUGGAGAAAUCCCGUGCCCCCUUGCUGUAGAGGCCUUCGCGGCGCACCUUAGCUACAUCUGCAAAUACGACGACAAGUACAGCAAAUAUUUUAUCUUCCAUAAGCCCAACAAGACUUGGCAGCAGGUGUUCUGGUUAAGCAUCAGCAUCGCCAUCAACAACGCGUACAUCCUUUACAAGAUGUCCGACGCCUACGCCGUCAAGCGCUACAGCCGAGCGCAGUUCGGAGAGAGACUGGUCAGGGAGCUGCUGGAUCUGGACGACUGCUCCCCCACGCAGUGAGAAGAAAGCAGGAGGAGGAGGAGGAGGAUGAAGACAGAAAUACAAUCUCUCCCACGUGUUAAUCUCCACUUGGUUGUACAGACCUCCUGGGUCUGUGUCAGUGUGCCAAGCUCCCGUCUUUCUCCCCGGUAGUUCAUUUCAGCCCCUGUAAAUAUUCACUAACACACAACUGCACUGUAUGCAUAAUUAAGAGCCACCUGGGGCAGUUCCCCUGCCUCAGCUGCUACUGUUAAACCACACAUAUCUGUGUCAGCAGGUAUCAGUCACUUAUGUGUCAGCAGAAGCAGUGAUGAAGCAAGAAACAGCCAAAUGAGUAGGAUUUCACUCAGAAAUGAUGUCACCUUAAAGUUUUUAGUCAUAUCAAAGAGGUAUACUGUAUAACAAUUUAUUAAGCCUGAAUCAAACUAAAGAUAUCUUUAAAAAAAAAAAAAAAAACUUGUUUUAAAAAAACAAAAAACACCUGACACCUUGUACCAGAAUCCGAGUAAACACGACACACUGCAUGCUUCGAGAACGUAGAUUGUAACGUUUGUGUUGUUAAGUGUGAAAAAGAUUUUAGCUCCAGGUGAGCUGUGAACUAAUUGUGUGUGUGUGUGUGUGCGCGUGUGUGUAAGUAGAACUGCCAUUUGCGUGUCUGAUGUUGAGCCUGAGGAUGGAAACGUGUGACGCCAGUGACUCAAACGUGCCGUGCCGCUGCACACCAUGUUCGCCAGAGGAGCACCGUCAGUACAAAGCCGUGCCUCGCGCAGCACUUUGCCCAUCUCCCCGUCUCAACUGCCCGCUUAAAAAAAAAUAUUAAAAAAAGUCCAGACAAUAAAGCCAUAAAGUUCCCUCUGAACUUUUUCUCUUUUUUUUAUUCUCUUCACGGCAAAAAAACAAAACAAAAAAUAAUAUAACAAAAGAUAAAUUCAUACAGUGCCUUGCAAAAGAGUUAAUACUGCAUGAACUUUCCCUCCAGUAUCACCUGUUGCUUAGAUGUCACGAUUCACGAUUGAUCCAAAAGCAUCUUGAAGACUAUUCUGAUCACGGCA